UUAAUCUAUUAUUAUUACUGUUAUCAUUAUUAAUUUAAAGUAAUGUUUAGUACAACUGAACACCUCUCAUCACACACUCUUCAGUGAUAUAUAUGAUGUGCUAUUACUCUAGGUUUUCCAUGUGACACAAAACAUACGGUCUAUUUUAUUAAAAUAUGUACUGGUAAAUUAAAAUCAACGCAUUUAUUUAUUGAACGUUUUCUCUUUUUUAAAAAAAAAAUUAUUAUUUAUCAUAAAAUUUGCAGAUUUCCGGGCUCAAUUUUGUCACGGCUCAUAAAUCUGUAAUAUUCAACGUUAUUAUUUUUUAUUACGUUUUGUUCAUAUUUAAAAUCUCUGUAACAAAUGUAAAUAAAGUGUUGCAACGAGAAUGAAAGUGUGUUCUGUGCUGUUUGGGUCUGAGAUGUAAAGCCAUUUCUUAUAGGUUUGAGGAUUUAGAAUUUCACUAAACCAUUUUGGCACACAGUGAGCAAAUAUAUUCUUUUAAUGAAUCGUUGGAAAAAAUGAAGGGUAUUUAGCCUGUUAAGACAAAAAUAAAUACAUGGAAUCUUUUCAGACAGGGAAACUUUCUGUCCCUGAGCCAACUGAAAUAUUUUUAAGAGUGUAGAUUAAGAGAAAUUAAACAAAGAGAGAAAGAGAAAUGAUAGAAGGACAGUGGGGAGGGGGGAAGAUAAUCUAAGAAAGAUGGCAGAGAAAAGGUCAAAUGAGGAGAAGAAAGAAAUAAAGAUGGACAAUACAAAGAUAAGACAAACAAGUGAGCAGAGAAAAAGAUUAAAAAAGAGUAAAAGACAUUAGAGAGAAAGAGCAAGUGUAGGAGAACGAAGCGAGAGAGAGAGAGUGAGAGACCAAGAGAGAGAGGGGGGAUGUGUUUGUGAAAGAGAGAGAGAGAGAGAGAGAGAGAGAGAGAGAGGGAGAGUCACAUGAGAAUCAAAUGACCAUUAGCAUGUUCCUUUGAGGCUCCACCAACACGCAGCAGCAGGAACCUCACACACUCUCGCACACUCUCAAACGUUCUCACACGCUCUCACACACUCGUUUACACACCUGCGCUUUCAUAGCAUUGUUCUAAUCGUUCUUCAACUCCACACAGAAUCCUCUGUGUGAAAUGAUUUUACAUCAGCGCUGAGGUUUAGGACUGGAGGAGGAGGAGGAGUCAUCGGGAGAAAAACACACACCUGUGGAGAGAACAAAGCGUCGAGUCGAGUCUCAUUUUCUUAAACAUGCCUUCAGAGAGUGAAGUCUCGAUGAUGUGCCUUUUAAAGCAGGAUCAUUUUUGAGAGCUGGGGACUGGAGCAUCUGUUACACUGCUGUAACUCUGGAAUCUGGAAUUCUGCAUCUGUUACAUCGCAUCUGGAACUCUGCAUCUGGAGUACUUUGUCUGUAACACUGCAUCUGUAUUAAACAGCAAAUGGCGUCCCCAAAAUCAGGCUCCGUCUCGAACCCCCCGCCAUCUAAACUGCGCCGCACCAAGAGCAAGAAGAAACACUUUGUCCAUCAGAAGGUGGAGGUGUUCAGGGCCAGCGAUCCUGUGCUGAGUGUCUUCAUGUGGGGCAUCAAUCACACGGUCAGUGAUAUGGUUCAAGUUCCUGCGCCGGUGAUGCUGCUGCCCGAUGACUUUAAAGCCAACAGCAAGAUCAAAGUGAACUACCACCUGUUCAACAAAGAAAACCUUCCUGGACACUUUAAGUUUAAAGAGUACUGCCCACAGGUCUUCCGUAACCUCCGAGAGAGAUUUGGGAUCGAGGAUCAGGACUAUCAGGCGUCAUUAGUGCGCAGUUCCCCCCUAAAGGAUGGCGACAGUCAGGAUGAGCAUCUCCUGCUCACCUCAUACGACCGAUUACUGAUUAUCAAACAGAUUUCCAGUGAGGAAGUGGAGGACAUGCACAACAUCCUGUCCGAAUAUCACCAGCACAUUGUAAAGAGUCACGGCGUCACGCUGCUCCCUCAGUUCCUCGGCAUGUACCGUGUUACCGUCAACAACGAGGACGCGUACUUCAUCAUCAUGAGGAACAUGUUCAGUCACCAGCUGACCAUCCACACAAAAUACAACCUCAAGGGCUCUUUGGUGUCUCGUGAAGCGAGUGAUAAAGAGAAGGAGAAAGAUCUGCCGACAUUCAAGGACAUGGACUUCAGGAACAACAUGCAGCGGAUUUAUAUCAGCGAUGAGGAGAAGGAGAAGCUCAUGGAGAAGCUCAACCGUGACAUAGACUUCCUCGUGAGGUUAAAGCUCAUGGACUACAGCCUGUUGUUGGCGAUUCAUGAAAUGGACCGAGGUGAGCGAGAGGAAGAGGAGGAGGAUGAAGAAUCCACGUGUGAGGAGGAGGACGAGCAGGAAAACAACGUGACCAUGGUAGCAUCAGCGUCUCUCAGCACAUCAGCUGAGGGCGGGACCGGUUCUUUUCCCGCCCGUAGAACCAUCACUCUGGCAGAGUUUGAUCCGCGUGUGGAUGUUUACGGAAUCCAAAGUGCAGCCGGAGCUCCACAGAGAGAAGUUUACUUCAUGGGGCUGAUAAACAUCCUGACUCAUUACGACACCAAGAAAAAAGCAGCACAUGCUGCAAAGACCGUCAAGCACGGAACAGGGGCGGAGAUCUCUACAGUACAUCCUGAGCAGUAUGGCAAGAGAUUCCUGGAGUUCAUCGCCAACAUUUUCACUCACUGAGUUCAUUUUAUCAUAAAUACUUUUAUCCACAGUCACAGAGGCAGAGAGAGAGAGAGAGAGAGAGAGAGAGAGACAGAGAGAGAGACAGGGAGAAACAGAGAGAGAGAGAGAGAGAGAGAGAGAGAGAGAGAGAGAGAGAGCGAGAGAGAGAUUUACAGAGGUGCAGGUGAAGUGUGUGACUCGGCAGAUACAGCGCUGGGAUUUAAACAAAACCUUCUGCUCACGACAACUGAACACUAACCACUGCUUAUACGAAAUGUCGAAAAUGAAAAGAAAAUGUAUUUUACUGAUAAAUUCUUCUCUGUACCAUGUUAUACCUCAGAUUAUUGUCAGAUUUAAUAUUAAAUUGCUUUCCAAACAAAACAGUUACAAAUGUUUUCACUUCAUUAUUAAUAUUGUGUUCAUCACAAAGAUAGACAGAUAGAUUUGACAGAGGCCACAUCCUGUAACAGACACACAAAGGCCACGCCUCCUUCAGCAAGACUAACAUUCAGAGAGGCCACACCUCCUUCACUAGAAGUGACACAAAGGCCACACCUCCUUCACUGUAACAGACACACAAAGGCCAUGCCUCCUUCACUUGAACUGAUAGGUGCACGGAGGCCACGCCUCCUUCGACAAGACUAACAUUCUCAGAGGCCACACCUCUUUGACUCCUUCAAU